GCCAUGAAAGACAAAAUGUUCAUCACGGAAUAAGACGAAGGCUCACGUGCCAAAGUUCAUUGACCAAUCAGAGUAGCCUAAGGUUUCUUCUUCUUCGGGUGUCCGCCGCCAUCUUUGAGACAAAUGUGAUCUUUGUCAAAGAAAAUUAAAUACUGUAAGUUUAAUUUAGGGUUUUUUUUAGUCCACUCUUCUUUUGUUGUUGUGAGUUUGGCAGCAAGCGUCAAAGUUGGCGCUUGGUUGCUAUGGCUGCAAGUUCAGGCGAGGCUGUCCGAGAGAGGAAGUGACGUCGGACUGUUGUUGGGACACGUGACUGGAGCUGCACUGAUCUGUUUUGACAAGCAGCAGGGAGGGAAGUGAGGAGGGGAGGCAGACAGUGAAGCAUCACGACCGAGAGCUCACACUCUUCCUUUCAUCCGCAGUUCGCCUCAGUCUUACCGCAGUUCCACCGUCUCUCACUUCGUUAUUCGCAGCGCUGUCGAAAAGUCUCUGCGCUUUAACAGCGACUCGUUUUCGGCCAGCGUGUUUUUUUUUUUUUCAUUUUGCGGAAACGUCGCAGCAGUUGGGCGACGCGGAGUCACUGAUGUUGAGAAAGUUUUUACUGAGGCUCACAAAGGAAGUCAGUACAGGUGGGGGUCUGUAACGUUCACUAGAUGGAGACUUUCGGAGCGUCGCGGUCCGUGGGACAGUGGAGACCGUCCGCCUGAUACUGUCAGGGCUUUAUAUUCGUGACAAGUGAAAAAUGAUGAAAUAUGCUUUUCUCGUAGCAGAGAACACAGAGAGCGUCCGUCGGCAGCGUCGGUGUCCGUAGCUGUGCUGUGGCUACCUGCGCCACUCGGGGGGUUGGGGUGUUUGUGUUCGUCUUCACCCGCAUACGUUUCACCUCCAGCUGCCAGUAACGACACUGUUAGUUGGUCGACCUUCCUGACGCUGCCGAGUUUGCAGUGCUGUGUUGUCGCGACGAGCCAGACCCCAAAAAAUGCGUCGCAACUCGUUUAUGGUUUUGGCUCGUGUGAUAUGAGAGCAGUCGGUGUGAUCGUUACUGGACCAACAGCCAGUGUCGGUUAGUCGCCAGCGAGCGGACUGACAAGUUCAGUACCUGAAGCACCAACUGUGGCUGGUACUCGCUCUCGUCUGUCUUUGUGUGAGUCACUGGGACAAUACAGUGCCAUUGGAUGGAAGCGUACAGUAGCAUGCUAACAAAGCGAUGCUUUGUUGUUGGAUAAGGGGCUGCUGGCAACAACACGGAGGCUCUACAGCUGAUAUUGUUGCUUAGGUCACAUAGCAAGUCUCGGUCACACACGGGGGGGGGAUUCGGGGUCCAGACUCUGCUGGUGUUGCUGUCAAGGCUGAAUGUGGUGUUUAGAGGAGAGAGAAGACCCUGCACGAGACCCCGAGGGCAGCCUGGUCACACUGGACAACAUGAAGACCGACCGAGAUGCAGCCGAGGAGUUCUUCGAGUACGACGCCGAGGAGUUCCUGGUCUUCCUGACCCUGCUCAUCACAGAGGGACGGACGCCGGAAUAUUCUGUCAAGGGUAGGACGGAGGGGCUGCACUGUCCACCGGCCCAGUCGGCAAUGCCACCGCUUCACAAACACGAAUGCAGCGACAAACUGCCCCAGUGUCGGCAGGCGAGGCGGACCCGUUCGGAGGUGAUCCUGCUCUGGAGGAACAGCAUCCCCAUCAUGAUCGAGGUCAUGCUCCUGCCAGACUGUUGCUAUGGUGACGAGUGCCCCCCGAGUGACCUUAUCAGCGACCCAGUCAUCAAACAGGACGCUCUCCUGCUGGAACGAUGGACCCUGCAGCCGGUUCCAAGACAGAGUGGUGAUCGUUUCAUUGAGGAGAAGACCCUCCUGUUGGCUGUUCGCUCCUACGUCUUCUUCUCUCAGCUCAGUGCUUGGCUCAGUGCCUCACAUGGCAUCGUCCCCAGAAACAUCCUGUACAGGAUCAGUGCUGCUGACGAGGAGCUGGUCUGGCAGUUUUCUCAGCCCCCCUCGGAGCACAUUUUCCCCGUCCCUAACGUGUCCCAGAGUGUGGCGCUGCAGGUCCGUGUCCAGUCGCUCCCUCGACAGCCCACCUACCCCACCCUGGCCUGCAGCAUCCACACCGGCCUGCCCCCGCUUUACGGAAAAACACCCACUCUCCAUCCAAAUUUCAACCACAGCCACGGUGGUCUCCCCGCCUUCAGAAAGACCCCGGACCCCGGGAAGGACGGCCUGCUUCACAACUCCAACAUGUACAGCAAGAGCUCCAACUGCAUGUCCAGUCUCCUCCUCAAUGGUUUGCCCGUCCCUAAUCUUCCCAUCAACAACAUCCCCAUCAACUCCCUCCCCCACACGGCCGUCCCACCGCCCUUCAGCAAGAAGAGCCAGGAGCCUGCCGACAACCACGUCUAUCAAAAUGGAGAUGUUCCACAGGUCAGCACGCCUCCACCUCAGGGCUCACCGCUGUUCCACAGACCUGCCCACUCUUCCACUCCCCCUCGAGCCCACUCCCCGUCUCCACUCCCCACAGGUAAGGCAGGGAAGUGGCUGUACUCCUCCCUGAAUGGUUCUCCAGACUCUCCACAGCCGGAGGACAGCAGUGAGAGGUCAAAGGUGUCUGUCCCUGAACCUUUGAGGGCUUUUAAGAAUAUUUCCCUGGCUGAACCUCCUCGCUGCCCCUCCCCACGACCUGCUGCAACCGAAACAAAUCCCCUGAUUGGCUCCCUGCUGCAGGAGAGACAGGAAGUUAUCGCCCGCAUCGCACAGAGGCUGAACUUCUGCGACCCCACAGCGCCGCCACUCCCGCCCGGCCUUUUCGCUGGUGACAACCCUCCUAAAGCCAUGUGGGGUAGUAACCACGAGGAAAUAACUGCCAGUAAGACCAAAGAGCCUGAGGUACCGCCCUACGAGUCCAUGGGAGCGCUGAGAGCCAGCCCCUUCAACACACCCCUGACUGACACUUCGAUCAGCAAACGGGAGAGCCUCUCUCCUAAACCUGCAGCCUGCAGGAAGCUGAAGAUGACUGAGACCAAGUACAGGGAGGAGGAGAGGAGUGGACAGAGGGACAGGGACAGAGACAGGGACAGGGACAGAGUGAAGGAAAAGGACUGGGAUACUGACAGAGACAGAGACAGUUCCAUUAUCGCCCAGGCCGUGCAGGACAUCACCAGACUCAUUCAGGAAAGGCUGUCCGUCCCCUCACUGUCCCCCCGACACAGCAGAAGCAGCAGCCCUGUCCACCACACACACACGACAACAGUCACACACACUGUCCGCACAUACUCGCACGUCACCCACAUCCCGCAGACCUCGAACAUUGCCACCAACGGCUACACCAACGGCCACACGCCCGGCCACGAACCUCACAGAAGCGGCAGCCGCACCGCUGCAGCGCCCGCGCCCGUUUGCACAGACGAGACCCAGUCCGACCCGGGGACCGACCGCCACUCACCCCGGGUCCAAAAUGGUGCUCCGUUCACACUUGAAGAACCUUUACCUAAUGGACAGUUGCACAUCCAGACUGGUCAGUGUUUACGAACUCCCCCAAGCCAUGAAACCCACUCAGCCUUGCCCACCUUCCAGAAGUGUCCACGGAAUGUCCAGUUUUACAGUUGGACCAGUCACGGUGCCAGUCCAGCCACAAACUGUAACACAAACCACAACCACACGAAGCCUCAGCCUCAGCCUCAUCCAACGACGACGAUGACGACGACGACGACACAGAACUGUGUCCAAGCUCAGGCCGCAGCCCCCCAGGACGAGAACCAGGCUCCCACAGUGUGCCGAUGGACCAGGACUUCUAGUCCAGAUGUGACUCCACAUCCUACUGUACUGCGAACUCACAGCCCCUCCCCGCUGCGUCCCUGCAACAGCUGGAAGAAACAGAACCGCCACUCUCUGGACGCCACAGCGACAAAGGCCUUCCACCCCUGCACCGGCCUGCCACUGCUGUCCAGCCCUGUUCCUCAGAGGAGAAGUCAAACUGGGUACUUUGACCUGGACACUUCUCUGACUGGCUGUAAGGGUUUGCCCUGGGCCUCUGGAAAAAGGGUGUGUCCAAAGGGCUGCACAGAUGAGUCACAGCAGCUGUUCAGCACCAGUGCUCCACCUGCCAGUCUCAGUCUGCUGGGAAACUUUGAGGAGUGUGUGCUGAACUACCGCCUGGAGCCUCUAGGGACAGUAGAGGGAUUCACGGCAGAGGUUGGAGCCAGUGGUUCCUUCUGCCCCAGUCACCUGACCUUACCUGUGGACGUAUUCUUCUACAGUGUCUCUGAUGACAACGCUCCCUCACCAUAUAUGGGCGUCAUAAACCUGGAGUCCCUGGGAAAACGGGGCUACCGUGUACCUCCAUCAGGAACCAUUCAAGUGACCUUAUUUAACCCAAACAAGACGGUGGUGAAGAUGUUUGUUGUGAUGUACGACCUACGAUCUAUGCCAGCUGGACACCAGACCUUUCUACGACAGAGGACCUUCUCUGUUCCCGUUCGCCGUGAAUCAAACAAUCAGACCAGCAGGAAGCCUCUGGCCAUGGGCCACGGACGCACCUUGCGCUACCUCGUUCAUCUGAGGUUCCAGAGCUCCAAGUCUGGAAAGAUCUACCUCCACAGGGACAUCCGCCUGCUGUUCUCCAGAAAGUCCAUGGAGGUGGACAGCGGUGCUGCCUACGAACUCCAGUCCUUCACAGAGUCGCCUGUCGACCCACCGUUCUCCUCUCGCUGCUGAGGUCUGACUUGUCCGUCCAUCGUCCACAAGACGUUUCGGUGACCUCUCAGUACCAGCGAUAUUGUUCAAAAAAACAAUGAGGACGAUCAACAGCAGUGGACGACAUUCUCCAGUCCUUUUACUUCACCCUUGAAUUUUACCUCUGCCACCAAGAACAGAUGAAGGGGGGCUAUGAGCCUGAGAAAACGUAAACCUGUGUGAGUUUUGAUGGGAAAGGUCAGUGUCAGUGUCAGGUUAGAGUCAGUGGUCAGUUUGGGCCCCAGCUUAAAAAGAUGUGAAGAUCUGACCAGUUGUUGUUGUUGUUGUUGCCGCUCUUUUGUUGACUAUCUUCUCUGUCUCAGACGGUCGUUCCCAAACGUCGCCCCCUUCUGUACUGGUGUUGACCUCCCUGACCCCCCGUACCUCCAGCUGCCACAUCAACACAUUCACAGCAACUGCUGCUCAACUUCACAUCAUUAAAAACACCGUCUUUUUUAAAGAAAAUCUAUUGUCACUGAGCAAAGAAAAUACAAUUACAAACCAGUACAACUUCUCCUCUUUAACACAUGUAAGGAAAAUACUUAGAUCAGGAUGACGUUACCACACCAGGGGGAGCCACUCCUCACCCUGGGAACCUCUGCUACCAGAGAGAUAGUGGACAAAACAGUUCAGGCUCCUUUUCUGUUGUUUACUGAUAUUAAUUUGACUUUAACCAACUUUAUUUAAAGUGUGAUUUAUUUUUUUUUCUUUUUAAAAAAGCAAUACGACACCCUGACAAAAGCUAAGAUGUGAACUCGACUUGAACCCUGGGAUUCUGAGCACAGAGUGGGUGAGGGGGAGGUGGGGUACCAAUGAAGGCUGACCCUGAGAGACACGUUGCAACGCCAUCCCAUUGUCUGAGAAAAAACCCCACAAACGAUGGACCAUUUAAGAAGUCGGACAAGCAAUCAACCACGAUUCAACAGAAAACAUCACAGCAGGACAUCAGAAGUGCACUGUGGAUUUUUUUUCUUCCCAAAACUGGAAAUGAAAAAAAAAAAAAAAGUUCUAAUACUUUUGUACUGUUACAGAACCACUUUAUCGGAAGUGUUGCAAUAGAGAGAAAAGAUAACCUUAGUUUAGUGUUUACACAUUCACUUUCAGUUUAACUAUCGUCAGUUUUAUUUAAUAUUUAAAUUAAUAUUUCAGUUACUACUUGUGACGUCUGUCAUGCUAAGAUGAUGUAGUGCAAACUGUAUAUCAUAGUAUGUAUUUUUGACAUUAAUAUUCAAAUCUGAAAAAAAAUAUAUCUAUAUUAUCUUCUGAAGCAAA